GACGAGUUGUCAUCCUUGGAUCAGUGAAAUUUGAUGACGAACAGAAAGUGCAAGUUAUCACAGACGUAAACAAUGAUUUGUUGAAUGUAUUUUUUGUUUCUCUCGCGGAGCAAGACAUUUUUGUGUGACUUUUCAUCGUUUCGAGCUUCAUAGUCAUGGACGAACCUAUGGAAUCGUCCGCAGAAUCUCCAACAGCGGACUUACCGGGUGAUCUCUUGUUAUCAUCGACAGUGGCGUCAGGCGUUGAAGUGACCAAUUCUAGACCUUCAGAGCUAUCGCAGAGCGAACUUAUCGAGACACAUUCAGCUGUUCAUAGAACUGAAAACUCGGCAGGGGAUGCUGACGAUAAGUCGAAACCACAACCAUGUUUUUCACCACUUCUUAGGCCUGGGAGUAUGGUGAUGAUGACCUUAACAGAAAAAGAUUAUGAGGAAUACUACUGGCCAGAGCUUAAGACUGCAAUAAAUCAGCUACUGAACAUGAAGCCGGGUGCCUACAUACCAAUUUCUUAUGAGCAAAUGUACAGCUGUGUUUAUAAAUGUGUAUGCAAACAGUUCUCCGAAAGACUAUACAACGAUUUAUUAAGGUACCUUUCUGAACACAUGGAGUAUCUGAAUGCUGAACUUAAAAGUCAUGAAACAGAAUCCAUCCCUUUCAUCGAGACGUUUUCCUUCCUUAUGCACCAAUACAUCCAAGCUCUGACGGGCAUUGUUCCAAUUUUUAAUUAUUUGAAUCGUUUUUAUGUUGAAAACAAGUUGAAAACUGACUUGAACGAAGAACUGAGAAAGCUCUUUCGCACCAAAGUUGUAGAUAUUCACAUUCACACGCUAAUAAAGCUUUUGGAUGAAGUCAGUUGUGUGCCAUUUGCCAUCUCACCUCCAACCAUGGCCAGCAUAAUGAAAAAUCUUUAUGCUUUGAAUGAAGAUUAUUCCAAGCUGAAUCCAGGGCUGUUCUCUCGAUACCUUCCCAAUAUCCUUCCACCCACGGAUCCUACUCUGUUGGAGCAAUACGCACAGGAAGCCCGGAAAGUACAAGAGCAUAUAGCUGGUAUGCACAACUUCAAGAGUCAUGAUUCAAGUCGAAAGCGUGUAUAUGAGGAUGACAUAUCUGUGAACUAAGGUUAUGGCUGGGAACAUGCAUUUCUGUGAUAGUGACUGUCUGGAUGCCUGCUGUGAAUGUACCUGGCUCUUCAACUCUUGAAGGAUACUUAUGAAAAGAGGAUUGUUUCGAAUGAUUUUCAAGGGUGUUCUUGAUCUGUUUGUUUCUUAUUUGUCGACUACUCAAGAAUGGGGAAAUUUUGUCUUCCUGAUACGUGUAGCAAGUUUUACCAGUGCACUAUGCUGCAGUACCUUAAACAGGUGCGAAAAUGAAAGCUGUUCAAGUUGAACACUUUCUUGUAUGACUCUGAGGAGUUGCUCUAAAUGGUCCACAGAGACUUUUUCAUAACGGUGGAAUGGGGAUUGGGUGUACAUACGAGUGUAAAUGAAAAUAAUUGCAUGUUCGAUUGUGGAGUUAACAAUUAUGCAAGUUCAUGUCCCCCUCCCUUAUCAGUUCCCCCCCCCCCCCUUUUUUUUUUAAAUUUUGUAUUUGAAGUGAAGGGAUUUCUCAUGGGUGGGAGCGAAAGCUUUAGACCACUGAUCGUGCAUUUUGUCAACUUCUUAUAGUCUGUUUCUUGUUUCACAGAUCUCGUAAUUUGAGAUUUGUGUAUUGUGUGUACUGUAUUUUUAUAAUACUGACUUUCAAAGAGGCAUUCAUACUGCUUCUUUAGUAUAGUCAUCCAUUUUUAGUCCAUGAGUGUGGUUUGUUUGUGUUCUUAACUGUUUCCUCAUCUUGUAUCAAUAAAAGAGUGUGUUAUCAGUGUUAGUUCUGCAUGCAUCAGGUUCCAAUAAAAAUCUUGGCCUAAAAUGCUCAAGAAUUUUGAGUAAAAUAUUUCCAAUAUUUUCCAUUAACUGCUUCGGGCUGGUACAGUUUGUUUAUCCGCACAACUCUUUUACUUCUCUCAAGUUUAUGCUUGUAUUCUUUUCAAGCCUGUCAUGAAGGUCAGGCAUAUCAUUCUGAACUUUAUUGAGUAAAAUUUCUAUUUUUACACUGAAAGUAUUGUCAGCAACAGGUAGGUUUAAUUAGACCCUCUUUAUAUGAUUACUCCAUACAACUUCCUUUUUAAAAACUUUUUCUGGUGAAACAGUUGCUACUUAUUAGACUUCGGGCUUUUAUUUUUUGUAAGUUCUGAAGAGAAUGUAAUGUCUACUGGACGGACCAAAAGUUUUUACCCCCCCCCCCCCCCCAAGAGAAACAAAAUAAAACAAUGCAUUGUUUAGUGUCUUUUGACAAGGUUAUAUUUGCUAACAUGAUGAAAUAUAUUUUUAUUCCUAUUAUUUUGGUCGUGAAUAUUAGCAAAGGAUAAAUGUUUUAAACAAAAAAAAUCGUGUACUUAUUUUAUUGGGUUUACAAAAGAUAUGCUCUUAGGUCUGUGUAGAUGCUAAUCCCCAAAAUCUAGAGGGUGCUACUGGCAAGUUCUACUUCUUUCCUGUUUGUCUACAAUUUCUUUGUGGAAUCAUAUUUUCUCAAGCACAAAAUGAAUUUUGGUAUGUUAUCACGUACAUUUUCUCUGUUAGAGAAGUGCCUCCCCACCCCCCUUCCUAUUGGCCAUAUUAAUAUCUGUACAACCAGAGGAAUUGUGAAAACUGAAUCUGUGCACAUUACAAACCCAUUGCCAAUUAAAUUUUGGUGAUGGACAAUGUAGAUUUUAUAGACACGUCCAAGAACUGAUGAGAAGACAUCUAGCUUGCUGAUAAUGGGUAUAAAUUGGUCACAUUGUGGCAGUUUUCAUUUUGAUUAUGAAAUAGAGCUGAGAGAAUGUUGAUAAAAGAUGAUAAAUAAAUGACUUAGUUAUAUUAUAUUGUGUACAUCAUUAGCAUACCAGAUUGAAUUGCGUAUACUUUUACAUAGAAAAUAUUUCACUUGCACUUUAUGAAGCCAAGUUGUAUUUAGCAUAAUAUAAUCUAAAACAACCAAAUGUUGAAGAAGAUGAAAGUAAAACAAGAGAAAAUGGUCACCUACCAUUACAUGUGGCAUUGUUCCAUUGCUUUUUUUUUCAAUGUCUGGCAAACCGAAUUAUUGGAAUUGAUCUAUAUAACUGGGUAAGAUUUCAGGUUUACCGUUUUUAUAGUAGAAGGAGUGGCACUUCCCCCUCCUUCUCCCUCCUCUACUCAAUAGUCCGCAUCAUUGUCAAAGUCUCUAUGUGUUAACCAUAGACUGUUGUCGCAAUCAGUACAAUCACUGUCACCUUCUAAAUCUGAUAACUAAGCCAGUUAUCUUUAGAAUUACCGAUAAUAAAAGCUUUGACCCAGAUUCAGAACUGGCUGUUAGACAACUGCUGUUCAUUUUAAAAAAAAA